ACGAACCAUCCCUAUCUUAAUGGACCAUGCUAUUACGACCCAUUACAGCAAUUACCCUAUGUUCCAAAUCCUGAAUCAGUAUACUGGGAGUCAAUCCAUCCGGUUUCUGAUCAGAUGUACCAGAAUUGGAACCAUUGGGAACCCUACCCAAUGUCAGUACAUUACCCUAUGCCGGUACUGACGCCAAUGUUUCCUGUGCAUGAAGGAAAUUCAGCUCCACGAGAUCCAAGUUCUGCACAAGCCCCACAGCACCAGAGGCCAAAUCCACAACAACCACAAGAAAUCGCUAGAAUUCAUAGUAAAGCUGUAGAAUAUUGCGAAAAUUGCCCGGUGUACUGGGAUGACAAAAUUGUUAACCUAUUCCGGUACCUCUUCGAUCCCUCUAACCCAAGCAUCCACCAAACUGUGAAGGUCUAUCACCCGAAGAACGGAAGGAGCAUUUUCAAGGAGUGGGUGGCAGUUGCAAAACCCAGGGGUGUCUUACAAGGGAAGUGUUUUCAGACAAAAUGUACUCUAGCUACAUGGAUGCCAAAAUCAUGGAAGACUAUUCGCUCUAAGCCUAAAGUCACAAUAGCCAAGCUUAUGGGGCCUAUUCGGCCUCAACCACCAACGAAGCAGCCUUAUGUUUCUAGCCUUUCCCCGGAGCCACUGUUCAGACCGAUUGCCCCAAGAGGUCCAGAGGCUAGCAAGCCCGUGGGACCUCCGACUCCGCCCCCUCUACAGAUACCAGCCCUUAAACUAAGUGACCCAGAAAAACUGCAACAAGCUAUAGAGUACUGUAACAAUUGUGCACUUUACAAAGAUGAGAAACUCAUCAAUCGCUCGCAAUUUCUAUUCGACCCCACAAAGUCUGAGCUCUAUCAACAAGUGAUCAAGUCUCGAAACUCAACUGGCAAGAAUUUCUUCGUAGCUUGGAUGGACAGGGAGAAGAAAGGAACUUUUAAGUAUACGGAUUGGAAAAACGUGCCGGAGGAUGGUCCAUUGAAAAGAGAAUGGAAACAGCGAGCGCUAGCGCUGGAAGAGGUACAAGAGGAACAACAGAGAAAUGGCUUUUCUAUAUACUUGACAGAAAUCGAGAUAAUUGAGUUUGAACUAAGAAAACCCCUGAAGCUUCUCCUGUCUCUCCCUUUAAAGGUGAGGGGACAUGAAAAAAAUAAUGUUCUCGAAAUUCCGUUCAAAGAUGCCUCUCGAGGAGUUGAACUUGUGAGGGCGAUGAUUGAGGGUGCCGCGUCGCUACCGACUGAGCCACGCGGGCAAAGAGAAAGCGCACGCCCGAUUGCAUACAUGAAGGCGAGGACGACAGAUGUACGCAGAGUGACAUUAAGCGUUGUACACCGUGACGCUUCUGAAUGCUCGGCUGGACCUCAGUCAUUGGUCCAAAUAAUCAUGUCAAAUCAGAAUAUGCCUACCAACCCAAACAUGAUCACGGCUACCUUGGUGUCUCCACUUGCUCUGAUAAACAUUGCCAAGUCCAAUUCCCAAUAUUUGAAUGAGGUCCUUCCUAUGAAUCCAGUGCUUCAAAACGCCAUGUUUCCAGAAACUUCGCAUUUGGGUUUUGGGACCCACUCUCUUCCCGACAUCUUUUUGCCAAUUUCGUUGCCCAUCUCUCCCUCCAAUUCUGAACCAUUUUUCUUUUACUGUGACGAUGUUGAGCUCUACCGGGAUCCCUUAACUACACACAGUAGGGGCUGUCUAUUCAACCCCGUGACCCCACAGUACGUGGGAUUCCCACCUGGAAAAAAUGAGACCAUGUAUUUCCAAUGGUUUAUGGGGGAGAAGAAAGGCAACCUGAGAGAUGCGGAUGACCGAAUUUCAAAAAAUGAAAGUGCUCUGAACAACGGGAAUAAUCGGGCAAUGCUUGCUAUUAUGACUGGAUGCUAUCAAGACUGUUCGUGCCCUGCUCGAGGCCCGCUCAUGGCUGGCACGUGGCACACCUGUCUCCUUUGCCGCCAGUGGCCCGAUCGUGGCCCACCGAUGACGAAUCCAAAACGUCAGGUGGAGAGGAGACAUAUUUGA